AGGGUCUGUGAGCGCAAAGAGACAGAAGGGAAAGCACCCUAAUCUGCUGGACGUUCACUGGCUGAACCAGGUUUCAAGAGCAGCAAGCACCUGUGUUUGGGGAAAGCCUUGAGUAUGACCAGAAAGAUCUUCACCAACACCAGGGAGCGGUGGAGACAGCAAAACGUCAACAGUGCCUUUGCCAAGCUGAGGAAGCUCAUCCCCACACACCCUCCGGACAAAAAACUGAGUAAGAACGAGACGCUCCGCUUGGCCAUGAGGUACAUCAACUUCCUCGUCACGGUCCUGGGGGAGCAGGGCCUGCCGCAGACAGGAGUGGCUGCCCGGGGGAGUAUACUGGGGCUGUUCCAACAAGCCCCCCAUUUGCAGAGUAUGGAGGAACUGACUCUGAUUGAAGACUGUGGAGUCCCUUCUCCGGGCACAAGCAGCAAUAUCCCAGAGUGCUGGUCAGAGCCAUCGUCUCCCUAGCAGGCAAUGAGUGAUGCAAUCCUGGUGUUAGUUUGAUAGUCUCCUUUGCAUAACGUGGAUUGUUUGCCUCUGUACAGUAUUUAUCUAUUUAUCUAUUACUGUUGUAUUAAAUAUAUUUUUAUUUAAAAGGAAAGGAGGUGGAAGGAAUCAUUGGAAGGCGGACAAUGGCAUGGAUGAAUAGGGAAUGGUGUUCGACCCUUGGGAAUUUGCAAGGAGUCAAUGUAGUGAUUUCACAGAUUCAUGGAAAAAUCAAAGCCGAGAGGGGACCAUUAUGAUCUGAGCCUCUGUAUAACAGAGGCCAUAGAAUUUCAUCCAGUUAUUGCUGCAGUGGAAGAGAUUAUUCUUCCUUGCUACAUAAGGAGAUGCUAUCAAGUCCAGUUGCUUGUGGGUCAGCUGGCGUGUUUCACUUAAAAAAUAUCCAGCCUUGACUGAAAGGUCCAAGUGAUGGAGCAUUUACCACAUCCCUUGGUCGGCUCUUCCAAGUUAAGAGUUUACAUCUUAUUUCUGAAUUGAAUUUUUCUAACAUGUAGCUUCCAACUGCUGGAUCUUGUUUUGCCUUUGUCUGUUAGACCGAAGGGCUCUCUAACAUCAGAAUGAAGCACAAAUGAGUAUAUAAAUAACAGCCACCAAGAAAUUAAAACAGAAAGGCCAGCCUAUGUUGAAAGAAGAAAUGUUAUGGGCGAAGUUUCAGCAGAUGCAGUGGAUAGAGCCCAUCAGCAAAUCUAGACCCAGCUGUGGGAGCACCGGGGGGAAACUGGCCGUCCUCAUUCUGGCUCCAUACAAAACCCACAGAGAGGCUGCUCCUCCAGCCUUCCAUGGCAGGACUUAACGGGCCAGGAGGUAGCCUUAUGUACUUGACAAAGCCCUGGCCCAGCAAAUGCCCCUGUAUGCAAACGUCUAGGCAAAUUCCACACCACCCGCAGACCAUGCCAAACAAGAGUAGGAAGGGGGGAACUCUGUGAAGCUGUUGCUGACCAGAAUAUAGGCCCGCAUGAGCCCAGCUUUUGCAGCAAACAUGUGUGCCCAUUUGGCACCCUUCCUGAAUUAGGUUUCCUAUGAUCGUCACUCCAGCAUAUGAGACCAGUGCAUAUCUCUACCAGAAUGGGCGAGGUCGUGUUUGUACAUGUACCCUGUGUGUAUGUACCAUGGGCUUCCCUUAAAACGUGCUGAUUUUGCCUUUGAUAAUUAGAUGAGUUUUCCUCACUGUGAGUUUGAGCCAAAGCCCAAUGAACUCAAGGGAAAAAAUGCAGUAGGAAAUACUUGCAUUGAACUCAGCAGGCUUCGGAUCAUGCCCCAUUAGCAGUAGCCCCAGUACAAAUUAAGGUAGGGCGUGGUUCUCAAACUAUGGGGUGGGCCUCCCAAGGGAGGCAAGGGAAUGUGUCAAGGAAUGUGCACACUCAGUGUAUGGGGGGGUUGGUUUUUUUAAGCACUCUGGACUGUGGCUGUCAAUCCCGCGUGGCUAGGGCUCGUACAGAAGGGCUGUGCACACCCGGGAAGCAGGGAUAAAGGGGAUAGCCAGAGCCCUGCUGCCCCGGGGGUCAGGUUCUUCUUUCCACCUCCCUCAAUCCCUCACUGGAAGACAGCCGGGGCUCAGGCUAUCCUUUCCCCAAUCCCAAUCCCUCACCUGGCUGUGGUGGGGCUCUGACUGUCAGUCCUGGUGUGGCUGCAGCAACGCAGAAGUAAGGGUGACAAUGGGGCACUAAGUCUGCUGUGAAAAGUGAUAUUGAUGAAUAUCACUUUUCACAUUGCCGCCCUCAUUUCUGUGCUGCAACUGGCUUGUGCUGCCUUCAGAGCUGGGCACCUGGCCAGCAGCCGCUGCUCUCUGUUCUGCCUUCAGAGCUGGGUGUCCAGCCAGCAGCCGCUGCUCUCCGCUCUGCCUUCAGAGCUGGGUGUCCAGCCAGCAGCCGCUGCUCUCCGCUCUGCCUUCAGAGCUGGGUGUCCAGCCAGCAGCCGCUGCUCUCCGCUCUGCCUUCAGAGCUGGGUGUCCAGCCAGCAGCCGCUGCUCUCCGCUCUGCCUUCAGAGCUGGGUGUCCAGCCAGCAGCCGCUGCUCUCCGCUCUGCCUUCAGAGCUGGGUGUCCAGCCAGCAGCCGCUGCUCUCCGCUCUGCCUUCAGAGCUGGGUGUCCAGCCAGCAGCCGCUGCUCUCCGCUCUGCCUUCAGAGCUGGGUGUCCAGCCAGCAGCCGCUGCUCUCUGCUCUGCCUUCAGAGCUGGGUGUCCAGCCAGCAGCCGCUGCUCUCCGCUCUGCCUUCAGAGCUGGGUGUCCAGCCAGCAGCCGCUGCUCUCUGCUCUGCCUUCAGAGCUGGGUGUCCAGCCAGCAGCCGCUGCUCUCCGCUCUGCCUUCAGAGCUGGGUGUCCAGCCAGCAGCCGCUGCUCUCUGCUCUGCCUUCAGAGCUGGGUGUCCAGCCAGCAGCCGCUGCUCUCCGCUCUGCCUUCAGAGCUGGGUGUCCAGCCAGCAGCCGCUGCUCUCUGCUCUGCCUUCAGAGCUGGGUGGCAGUAUAUGUACUGGGGGGGAGGGGGACAUAAAGAAGGGGGGCCCGAUCAAAUAAGUUUGAGAACCACUGCUGUAGGGAAUACCUAAAUUAUAUAGCAGAUACUGAGAGGAUAACAUUUCAGUAUCUCAGGCAAUUGUCAGGUGUUUAAGGAUGACCAUGUGGAGUGGGAGAUCAAUUGCACUGUAGAAUGUUGCUCACCAAUCAGGUCAUUUGAGUAUCGGAGUUGCAAUCCUGUGUCAGCAAAUAUCUGAACUGCUCAUAGGUGUUAAAAAUCAACUUGAACAGCAGGUAGAACGUCUAGGGAUUCAAAUGUAAAGGGUUUCUGGGUCAAAUCCUGCUCCCGCUGCAGUCAAUGACAAAACACCCAUUGAGUUCACAGAGACAUGCAUACCUGACAGGUUUCAGAGUAGCAGCCGUGUUAGUCUGUAUCCGCAAAAAGAAGAACAGGAGUACUUGUGGCACCUUCUAUGCAUCCGAAGAAGUGGGCUGUAGUCCACAAAAGCUUAUGCUCUAAUAAAUUUGUUAGUCUCUAAGGUGCCACAAGUACUCCUGUUCUUCUUUAUGCAUACCUCAGUUUGAAGAACAUUCAUAUGGUUCAACAAGUGAAAGUGACCCGUGCUCUGCCAGAUCUCCUUGGCUGCUUCUGCCUCCUAGUGAGAAGAUGAGCCACCUUCAGAACCUGCAGUUAGGGCUUUGAGUGCAUUACACUGCUUGCAACAUUUACGCUUGUAGCAUAGGGAAUCUGUCACCCUAUGGUGAGUUUCCUAUCAGAAUCACACAAACAUCUCCACAUUCCCUAUAUAUUCAUUUGUCUCAGGGGAGCUGACAAGGAAACAGAUUUGGCCCAGUUGGGCAUGAUUUUUUGCUGAUCUGAACACUUAUGAAGACUAAAGUUUGUCAAAAACAUUUUUACUAUGGCUCUGUGAUUGCUGCUGAAGCACAGUGGAGCUAGCAGAAACAUUUCAAAUACUGACAAAAAAAAAGCUGAAAAUUUUAGUGAACAAUUAAUUUUGUUUUUCAAAGAGCUCUGGUUUCCAGCCUAGUUACUCCUAGAUUUCAGCAUUUUGAGGACAUGAAAUGAGUGAAGACACUGAAGAGCAUCUGAAUGGAAACACGCCAAGAGUCAUUUUCAUGUUCUGUGAAGUUCAUGCUUUAUCCUUUCCCAUGCCCACUUUAAUGUGGCUACAUGGAUUGAUAUUGUCUAUUCCAGGCAUAGGCUCAAAUUUAACUGGCUAGCUUCUCAUCCUGGGUAUCUGUUGGCUUCAAUGGAGUUACACCAAGGAUAAAUUUGGCCAAAUAGAUGUAAACAUUUACAUGUGAGGAUUGUUGGUGCUAUUCUUUCCAUCAGCCCAUUUGCUAUCAUUGGAAAUGUUUUCUCAUCAGCAAGAAAGUCAAAACAGAUCCAUCUUUGAGCUGAGUAUUGUUGUCAAGGAACGGGAAGAAAGCCUAGCAGUUAAGUAAUGUGAAAUGCUUGUUAUUGACAUAUUGAAAACUUUUCUUAUUCUUGGUUCAAGUGUUUUUUGUUCUCUUUUCAUUUAGGAUCUCCUACUCGGAGGUACAGCAUGUGUAUGACUAGAUUUAUCUACCAAAGAUUUGUUUGUCAGGACUUCUCUUCGUUUUUUGUGAUUUCUUAUCUGUAUGGCUGUGAACAAAUAUGGUGUAACUGAUCACAUUUUGUUGU